GUUGCCAAAGAGCUCCUUGACCCCUCCUCCCUUGGAGUACUUUAGUCCCAGCAGAGGAAUCUGGGAAUCCAGACGGCUCUGGGAGAUGAUGAGAAGCUGAGAAAGCCUUGGGUACCACACGGCCGGAAGCCCUGAGCUCCAUCAGUCCUGUUCAGGAGAGGACAAGGUUGAUCUCAAGGACAGCCUGAAACAAGAGACUCCUCCUCCGCUUCCACCCGCCGGCUGCUGUUCUUCCAUUGUCCAUUCCUAGCUAUGGAACGAUCCACACAAGAGCUUUUCCUCAACUUCAUGAUUGUGCUGAUCACGGUGCUUCUCAUGUGGCUUCUGGUGAAGUCUUACCAGGACUGAGAGACCCGCCCACUCCAUGACAUCACUGAAGGAUGUGUGUCUGGGAAAGGAUGUGAAGUUUACUGCUCCCAUGUGCGCCCUACGGCUUUGUGUGCAAAAUCUGUAAUGUGUUGUUGUUUUUUACUGUAAAAUACCUCUUGGAUUCACUCAUUUAAAUAGUCAAAUGAAUCUGGGAUGAUGUAAAUUAUUCUACAAUAAGGUAUCUAGAAAGUAUGGCAUUGCCUAAUCAGGGCAUGCACGUGACCUGGAACCACACGAUCUACAACAAAUAUCAACGUUAAUUUUACCUAGCAUGCCUCUUGGUUUCUAAUGAUUCUUCUGCAAUCCACAUUGUUGAACCAGCUUCCUGUAGUCACAUCUCUCUGUAGCAGAAAGCUAUGUGAAAAACUUUUCCUUCAUUCACUCUUGCCGCCAUUUUAAUAAAAAAAGAUAUGAAGUA